AUGGCAUCUCUUACUCCAGGGAUACUAUUAAAGGUUCUAAAAAAUAUUAACUCCGAUGUGAAAGUAUGUGGAGAAUACCGGUCCAUUCUUCUCCAAGUUAUUAGCAUAGUCCCUGCAAUUACUGGUUCAGAACUCUGGCCGGACCAUGGUUUCUUCAUCAAAGUUUCAGAUUCUUCACACUCAACGUAUGUUUCCUUGUCUAAGGAGGACAACGAACUCAUCUUGUCAAACAAACUACAACUUGGGCAGUUUAUAUAUGUUGAGAAGGUCCAGUCAAGUAUACCUGUUCCAGUUCUUGUUGGGGUCCGCCCAGUUCCGGGAAGGAACCCUUGCAUUGGAAACCCAAAGGAUUUGAUGCAAAUGUCAACUCCCUCUGGGGUUAUGGAAGCACUGGAUCAUCAACGCAAGACUUCCAAGUCAGCUGAUCUGUCUGAAAGUGAAAAGGAAAAUUUGCAGAGAAAGGUAGUUAUCAAAGAGCAGAAGACAGUCGUUGCUUCCCGUUACAUGCUUGGGGUAUCAAGCAACAACGGGAAAAUUACCAAUCUCAACUCAAGCAUUGAUAGUGACAAAAGUAAUGGAGGAAGUACCAUAUCUGAAUCAAAUCAAAAGUCUGUUGCCCAGAAAGUCAGACAAGAGGCAAAACCUCAGGAACGGCCAAAUAAUAUAUCUCCUAGUAAUGCUAAGUUAGUUUCCACAAAGCAAGAAAUUAGCAAGGACACACGCAAGAAUAGUGGCACUUCACCUAGUCCAAAUGGUUCUGCCGUAGUCAAGAAGCAAAUGCCAAAGGAGAGCAAAAAGGAAUCUGCUACUGAAAGAAGAUCACCACCAAAGCUUUUUAGGAGUUCACCAACGGCAGCGAGGACUUCUCCAACAAAGCUUAGUCCACCAGCAAAGCAGAAUGGAAACUCUGGUCCAGUUACUUCUGUAUCUACUGUUAAAAGAAGAGUUACUGAAACUGUCUCUUGGGACUCCCUCCCAACAAGCCUAAUCAAAUCAGGAAAGGCUGUUGUCCGGAGGAAGAAUAUUGCUCUUAUUGUAGCAGCUGAGGCUCAAAGGGAGGCUGCUGCAGCUGCAUAUCUUGUAAAAGGCCUUGGAAUUUUUGCUGAGAUAAGGGAAUCUUCUGAAGUGGAUCCACAUGCUGCAAUCACCAAGUUUUUCCAGCUGCACAGACUUAUCGUUCAGCAAAGUGCUGUCUGGAAAGCUUACUCACCUGAGCCUAGCAAAGAAUCUCGACCAGAGAAGGAAAAGCCGUCGAGGAAAGCUUCUGCAUCUCAUCAGAACAAAGUUGGUAACACAGCUAAGAAUCCCGAAGAUGCUCAGGGAAGCGAAAAGACCGAAUGGGCCCGUGAGGACGGUUUCAAGGAGAUCUGCAGGUCAUGGAUUGCUCUGAAAAAAGAAUCGCGGUCAUGGUUUCUGAGCUUCCUGGAGGAUGCACUUGAAUCAGGGUUCAUGUUCGAGAGCCAAACCAAGAACACCAGAGAACGCGUGCGGGGACAACCCAAGGGUGGCGGGGACGGGAGGAUCGCGGUCCGGCUGUCGCAGCUCAAGGAGACGAGCAACUGGCUCGAUCAGCUGCAGGACGUGGCGGCGGACAGUUCCGUGGACGGUUUGGCCGAAACCGUUGAGCAGCUGAAGCAGAAGGUGUACAAGUGCUUGCUUGGGACGGUCGAAACCGCGGCGUCAGCACUCGAAGGAAGGUAG